GUGUUCAUCAUUAAGCUGCGCCGCUUUAUACGCCCUGCUGCAGCAUUUGUCUCCCGACCUGAGAGCUAUUUAAUUUUCAUUGUAUAUAUGAAGCAAAACUGUUGUGUCAAGCACUAGAUUUCUAUGCUGUAUUCACAAAAGGAGAUGUUGAUACUUCUCAUAAGCUUCCAAAUCGUUAAGCUUUUAAGACUACUGAUACGGAAUCAAUUCUAUAAGCUUUUUUUCUACUUGUCUUUCCAGCUUCACACACAUCGGCUGGCACUCCAACUUUUGGCAUCCGGUACCCAGUCUUUGCGCACAGCUGAAGCCACGUAUUACCAACGACGCACCGUUGUUCAGUGCUAAUGGCAUACAAAAAAUCAAGCAGUGGAUUCGGCAAGAACAAAUACACAAGGUGUAGCAGCAAGGCG